AUGCAAGGUGGAGCCACUGUCUGCUCCGGCCACCGGUUUUUUUGCCUUGUUGUGCCGCAUUCAAUUCAUCCCCGACUCAACAACUCGACUCGGUUGUCGCGACCCAUUCCGGUUCAGUUCAGAUCCAUAUUUGCGUCGAAUGGCGAUACCAAGCGGUUCGGAUCCAAGCCGAAUCUCAUUCCCAGAGCUGUUGAUUCUUCCACCGCUCAACCUUCCGUGGUUUCCGACGAUGGCUUGUCCGUUUCUAAGGUUUCUUUUGGUGUGAUUGGUCUAGGUGUUGGACUCUCACUCUUGUCCUAUGGUUUUGGGGCAUAUUUUAAUCUUGUCCCUGGAUCUGAAUGGUCAGCUUUGAUGCUAACAUAUGGCUUUCCUCUUGCAAUUAUUGGAAUGGCACUCAAGUAUGCAGAACUCAAGCCAGUCCCAUGCCUCACAUAUUCAGAUGCUCAAAGCUUGCGGGAAAAAUGUGCAACUACAAUUCUUAAACAGGUGAUAAAUUGUAGAUUCAUACUUACAGCCCGACUAGGAAGCACACCAUGUCUUGUCAGAAACUUAUUAAGUGACCAUCUUGUGCUUUCACAGGUGAAGAGUGAUGUCACCAGGUAUCGCUAUGGAGAUGAGCAACAUUUGGAUGAGGCAUUGAAACGGAUAUUUCAGUAUGGCCAAGGAGGAGGAAUACCGAGGAGAAGUGCUCCUGUUCUACAAUUAAUUCGUGAAGAAGUCACACAAGAUAGUAAAUACUGUUUGGUUUUGGUUUUUGAGGCCAAGGCUCUGCAGUUGUCAGAUUUUGAACAAAGACAGGCCAAAUUUGCUUCAUUCUUUGGGCCAGGAAUUACAGCUGAAAUUGGUAAGGGCGAACAAGACUUAUUUGAGGUUAGGCUUAUCUCCAAUAUAGACCCCAAUGCUUCCCCUUCAUGA